UAUUUUUAUAUAAAAUAAUUAUAAAAUAAAUAAAUUAAGAAUGGUACACAUAAAAUAAUAGGACAGAAAAUGAGGGGAGGAUAUCGUGAUUAAGUUUUGAAAAUAUCACAAGUUUAGUGAGCAGACGUGGAUGCAGAGCUUUGCCAAUUCCAAAUAACAAAAAUUCCCCCUUUCCCUGCUCUUACCUUGCUGCAUUUAAAAGUGUUAAUCGUGAUAACGUGUCUUAUCCACAGACCCCACACCCUAAUUAACAUUCACCUCUAUAAGUAUCACAUAUUCAAUGUUGAAACAACUCAUCUAUCUCCCAAUCCUCACUCACUUAUUCCAUAUAUGGAUAUGUUUUCCGAGCUGCAAGACUUGUGGUCACCCUCUUCAUCAUCAUCAUCCUACGCCGUCGCCACUUGUAUUGACGAUAGACAAGUGAUUCUAGCAUCCAACAGCCCUAAGAAGCGGGCCGGGCGGAAGAAGUUCCACGAGACGCGCCACCCUGUGUACCGCGGCGUGCGCUUGCGUAGUUCCGGCAAGUGGGUUUGCGAGAUCAGAGAGCCCAACAAGAAAUCAAGAAUCUGGCUUGGCACUUUCGCCACCGUCGAAAUGGCGGCGCGUGCACAUGAUGUGGCCGCCAUUGCAUUGAGAGGCCGCUCGGCUUGCCUCAAUUUCUCCGACUCCACGUGGCGGCUGCCUAUUCCGGCCUCGUCCAGUGCUCACGAUAUUCAGAAGGCUGCUGCGGAGGCCGCCGACUCAUUCCGGCCUCAGGCGUUGACGGAGAAUUCAUUUUUUGAGGAUGAUGAAGCUAUUUUUGGAAUGGAUGGAUUGAUAUCCGAGCCUCAGGGCUUCAUGCUCUUGCCACCAACGCUCUACCAUAAUCACGUCCAAUUGGAAGAUUAUAUACCACUCUGGAAUUUUUCUAUCUAAAUAUACAAUUUUGGCAGAUUUAUAAAUAUGGAAAAAUAUUUUUCUGUC